AUGUAUCAAGAUCACGACAACAGUAAUCUGUUGUUUUUCGAGACGCCGACGCCGACGACGGGUUGGAGCGAGUGGACGCAUCUCGAGGACAAGGUUUUUGAGUGUUGUUUGGUUGCGUUUCCGGAGGGAACUCCUGAUCGGUGGCAGAUGAUCGCCUCCAGGAUUCCGGGAAAGUCGGGUGAAGAAAUCGAACAACAUUUUGAGAUUCUUGUUCGUGAUGUUUAUGAGAUUGAUGCCGGUCGAAUUCAGUUUCCGAAUUACGGUGACGAUUGGUUGAUGUUUGAUUCGGAGUUCGACUCGAAUUAUCAAAUCGGUUUCGGUUCAAAAUCAAAACAGCAGGGAGACGGUGAAAGAAAGAAGGGAACUCCUUGGACAUUACAAGAACAUAAGUUAUUUUUGCUUGGACUGAGUAAAUACGGCAAGGGUGAUUGGCGAAGUAUAUCAAGAAAUGUGGUGGUAACUCGGACGCCGAUUCAGGUGGCCAGUCACGCCCAAAAGUAUUAUCUCCGACUGUAUUCGGGGAGAAAGGCGAGAAAAAGAUCGAGCAUCCACGACAUUACGACGAUUGAUUACGAUGUGAUGGAUGUAUAUCGGAACAUGGUUUCGGGUCCCGCUAGUACUGUUCAACAGGCGCCUAACUGCAACAGUCGCCUUCUUCAAGUCAUUUAG